GACGAGGCCAGGACGGUGGACAGGAAUAGCAUGUAAAAUGACAUCGGCCGUCCGACCCCUCAGUCAACAACGUUUCCAGGGCCAACCAAUUUGUUCCGUCAUCAUUAUCCAUGGAUGGCUGCAGCGGCGGCCAUCUCAGGCGCCAGACCCUAGGCUCGAGUCCCGACCCACUGGCCAGGGUUCAUGGCCCUCGUUAUUGAUUCCGAUGUGUAGGGUGGUCUGCUUUUGGCUAAAUUGCCGCCCAAAGCCGAUGCACAGAAACCAGGUUAGGAAUGAGGCAGUACUGGAGGGGGGGCUGAGAGGGCUUUGCUGGAGCCUGGCGCCAUGCUCAUUCUCUGUUCCUUUUCAGCUCCUUUUCUUCCUCGUCUCGCCCCAUGGUUAGACCAUUUCGAUCACAUUCAGGACAGUUGACCUUCUGCACAGAUCGGUGCUGGAUGACAGUGUCGCCAUGUCUUCAUCCACCUCGACCGAAUCGCCCAAGCAGAGCAAAAGAGCGAAGAAGCAACAGAAGAAGCAGCAUGGGACAGAUACGAUUCCGCCGAAGAAACCAGCCAAGGUUCUGUUGGCAGAUACCAUCGGACAAGCAUUGCACGAGCGUCUCCUCUCGUUUGGUGACCGUUACCACCAGCACCAGCAUGCCCAUCAACCGUUAGGGCAACAUCAUCACAAUGGCUGGCAACCCGUCGACCAGCAACUCCUCUCCACCUCCCCCUACCUCACCGUCCCUCAAAUACCCCGCUCAAGCGCGAGCAGCAGCAACAUCUCGCGCAAAUCCUCCUCCAUGACGCUAUCCUCCUACGACGACCGCAGCGUGGCCUCCAGCCGCACCAGCCACGACUCCAGCCCCAGCCCAGGCACCAGCAAACCCUCCUCAUCUUACUGUAAUGAACAGCCCCAGCCCAACCGCAUCAUCACUCUCAACCCGCCAUGCAGCAUGGCGGCGAUCGAGCAUCUGAUCUCGCGGCACGGCCAAGUCUCGCACAUGGGCGUGCUGGACCCAAGCUACAGCCUGUUCGUCAACACCACGCGCACAGCCCUGCUCUGUUUCAAGGUAUGCAACAAAGUCGCCAUAGUCUCAGGGGACCCGAUGUGCGGAGUCGAGGAGUAUGGCUCCGUGCUCUCGGAGUUCCAAACCUGGCGCCAACGCCAGCGUCUAGACAUCGCCUUCUUAGGGACAAGCGAGCGCAUGGUCGACUACGCCCAGUGCCAGCACCCGCACCCGCAGAACGAGAACGAGAAAGACACCAAGAGCUGGACGAUCCUGGAAUUCGGCCGCGAGCGCGUCCUCAACCCGCUCACGAACCCAGUCCUCCACGAACAAGAAGGCAAACGCAUCGUCCUCCAAACCAAACAACUCCUCCACCCCGCGAAAGGGGGAAUAGCCCUCAACCUCUACAUCGCCCCUGCCCCCUCAUCAGCAGCAACAACAACAACAGAAGACCAAACCCUCCAAUCCCAACUCACGGAGAUCUACAAAACCUGGCGCCACCACCGCAACACCUCCACAGGCACACAAACCCAAGCCUUCAUCACCACCCCGACCCCCUUCACCGUCCCCGAAUCCCACCCCCACCCGCAGAUCAUCUACAUCUACACCACCACCACCACCACCACGGCCCCCGGCACAGGCACAGGCACAGGCACCCCCAACGCCCUCGCCGCCCUCCGCUACCUCGGCACCCACCACGGCUACCACCUGGACCCCUGCAUCGCCGCCCCCGGCAGCCCCAGGGGCCUCUCGGACCUGCUCGUCUUCGCGGCGAUGGCGCUCCUGCGCCGGCUGGCGUGCAACUACCUCAGUCUCGGGGUCGAGCCGUACGCGCAGCUCGGCCGCGUCGAGGGGUUCGCGUCCCCGCUGGUCGAGAAGCUUACCCGGCGCGCGUACCGGUAUGCGUUUGCCCGGCUGCCGAUCCAGGGGAAGAGGGCGUAUUUCGAUAAGUUCCGGCCGGAUCCGGCGCUGGAGAGGGGGUUGUUUUUGGUGUUUGUGGGGGAGAAUUCCGGGCAUUGGCAGGUGGUUGGCGUGGCGCAUUUGGCGAAUAUUAAGAUUAGGAGGGUGGUUUGGGGGUGACCUUUAUAUGGUGGUGGGUGGUUGUGGUUGUGGUUGUUAGGCGGAGGGUGUAGGGUGUAGAGUAUGGGUUUAUAUAGUUAUCGUCAUUCACUUGUUACCUGUUGCACAAUGAUGCGUUGGAUUAUCUUCUGUAUAUAAAUUCGAGUUCUAAUGUGUCUGUUGGUAUCCAUAGUAUGGUUUUACAUAGCAAUCUCAACUACAUAUCACGCUU